GGCGACGCCCUGGUGACCCGCAUCUCCAGCCUGCUGCGCGACCUGCCCACCCUGAAGGCGGCGGUCAUCGUGGCCUGCGCGUUCACCGCCCUGCUCAUCGCCUGCCUGCUGCUGCGCGUCUUCAGGUCGGGAAAGAGGUUAAAGAAGACCCGGAAGUAUGACAUCAUCACCACUCCCGCGGAGCGGGUGGAAAUGGCCCCCCUGAAUGAAGAAGAAGAUGAGGAUGAGGACUCCACAGUGUUUGAUAUCAAAUACAGGUGAAACCUGCACCCAACCCUAUGGCGUCCUAUGGGAAGCCGACUGGCUGUGUGAAGCACCUGGAAGCUGUCUCAUCCAUCCGAGGUGUCGAGGCCCAAAUGAACUUUAUUAAUAAAAUGCUGGCACCAAGGUGUGCACAAA